UCGAUGGAGAACAUGCUGUAUCGGACGGUGCACAAUCAUGAAGACCACUCUUAUCGUCAGUCAAAAUUAGACUUUUAUGUAUUAACUAUUUUCCUUGUUAGUUUUUUUCGUCCUGUUAUUUUACUCUCGCAUUUUAUUCAUAUAUAUUAUUCCAGUUAUUAUUUAUCUUUUCUGUUUUUUCCUUAUUUUCUCUUUAUUUUCUAAAUAUAUCAUAAUCGGUACCUUAAUUCAAACUCAUAAACUACAACUAGCCUUAUCUAAGCUCGAAGUACAGAAGAAAAUCGUAGUAUUGGAACGAAUUGUAGCUUGUAAAUCAUUAACUAGAUCUGGUUGCAAGACUAAUUAUACAUAUUAAAAGACAGAAUAUUUAAAAUUAUAGACGAUAUCCAUAAUACGUAUAGUUUCUCUAAAAGAUUGCAUACUUUUUGUUACCAUUUAACAUUUAAGAAGCUUUCAAUAAACUUAUAAAUACGAAGUAAGAAAGAAUAAACUUAAGUUUCAUUUUCUUUGAGGGACCUCCGCCCUUUCCCGAGCCAAAAACUUUUUUUUAGAUUUUUUUUCUGUUUAAUCUAAAGGUGUAUUAAAGUCCCCUCUAGGUGUGUUAUAAAAAUCAGAAUCUCUCACAGUCGGGAAGUCCUUGGAAAGCCGGUUUUUUAAAGACCUAUGAAACAAAAAGUUUUAUUUGUUUAUUUUUUGAUAUUAAGUCAUAUUACAAUGUAAUAUAUCUAUACUAUGAAAAUCAGAACUCUCCUCCCCUCAAAGAUCAAUAGGUCUCUGAAAAACCAAGUUUUUUAGCAACAUAUAUGACAAAAAUAAUUUUAUUUUUUGUUAUUCCUAAAGAUGUUUCAUUUUGUUAUCUUCUUCAUUGGUAAUAGCUAUAACCAUAUCGACUCAUACAGUUCCAGAAAAGUGAAAUUGCGGUAUCAUAUGUCAUGCAUAAAACUCCUGUAUUAAGUGACAUCUUUUCUUCAAAUAUUUAGUUUUCAAGAUGAUUGGCCCUAGUGGCGGAGCCACCAGUGGGGCUAGGCGGGGCUAAGCCCCACCUAGAAAGAUUUGAGCCCUACCUAGGAAGUUUUUGAAAAGUUUUUCUGAAAUAGAACUUGCAACGGUAGCUUUCUAUUUAAUUAUAAUAUAAAAGAUAAAAGUUUUUCUCCCUUUUCUACUAUGUAAAGAAGUAUAUCUAGCUGUAUUUAAUGUCUGCAUAGAUAAUCUAAUGCAAGAUUUUCUAUUUUUCAAUUUCGAUCACUAUAGUUUCUUAGCGUAUCAGUGUCACUAAUGCAACGGUUGCUUUUUACUUAGUGCUGUAAGAAAGAAUUUAGUUUACGAUCUCUCGUGCCAUAUACCAGCACUGGUACUAGCAUGCACGAGCCAAAAAGGAUUAAAAGUAUUUUUUAGUGCGACUCUUGUAUAUUUGGUAUGUUUCUGUUCUCUCUCUUCCUUCUGUUCUGCUAAAGUACGUAAAUAACACGUUGAAUAAACAUAUAUCUCUUUUCUUUUCUUCGUUUUAAGUCAUUUUCCACACGUUUCUCUUCCCUUGUUAUAGUGUACGUAUUUUUUCUUUUCGUCUAUUUUAUUUUAAGAUAUCACUGUUUUUUUUCUAUUUCAUUCAGUUAUACAUAGAUCCCAUCCGAAAUAAAGAUUAAGAUUUAAUAUCCAUCAGUUAGAUGAUUCUUCCUCUGACAAGUAUAAGUUCUUCUCCUGGAAAAUUAAACUAAAAGCCUACGAGUUUGGUCUUAUUAUCAUUGGAUUCACAAGCCCAAUAUUCACAUGGAUACAUAAAAAAAUAUUAAACUAUUUCUUAGUACAUCUGUCUCUGACUCAACUAUUCAUCACGCAACAUUUUCAGCUUCAUCUCCAUCUCCCUCUUAAUUUCUAGAUGAUGUUACUGUAACUCUUGUUUUGUUGAACAUACUGUCACCUCUACUUCAAACUCAAAUAGAGAAAAAUACAAUUGAUAUUCUUCUUUUAUGUUAGUUGUUCCCUCUAAAGCCUUUGGCAAAAUCAAUUCCGAACGGUAUCGGUGCUUCCGGCAAUGAACCCCUGAUACAUUCUCAAUUGUGAAGAUACCUAACGAACUAUCAAAUUCAUAGUCGUCAAUUCAGCAGUAUUGAAACCGCCUCUGAUUAGAUUACUACUGUCAAGUGAAACUCCGUAUCGUCUGAGUUUUUUUUAUUUACUUUUUUAUCUGAAGUAUUUUUAACUAAAGCUACUUUACUACUUUCAAACAUUUACAUUAUCUCGGAGGUAAUAAAAAAUAUAUUAGCUCUACUUCAGAUCGAACUUCAGAAAACUGAUGGGCUAAGCUCCACCUAGCACGAAAACCUGGCUCCACCGCUAAACUUCAACUUGUUAAUCCAACAACACAAGUUGCUUUAUUUUCGAUUUGUACUGGAAAUUGUUCAACAAUUCAAAAUAUAACUUGGAAUAUUUAUUAUGGAGCAUCAAAUUCAUCUUCCAAUGUCACUCAAUGGACUUUAUUCAAUCAAACAACUUUUUAUCAAAAUAUUUGGUUUUUUGGGGCAAAUACAACAAAUUUCACUGCAAUAAACCAAUUAUUUUUAUCGAAUUCUCAAUUAGAUCUUUGGCGAUUUGAAGUUGUUUAUAGAUUUGUAUCAGAAACAAGUUCAAGUUCAUUAAAUUUUGUCAUUAAUCAACCACCAUUCAAUGGUUCAUGUUCCACCAAUCCUCACAAUGGUACAACAAGUAGUUUAUUCACUAUUUCAUGUCCAGAUUGGUUUGAUGAAGAUGGCAUUAAAGAUUAUUCACUUUAUAUUUGGACAACAGAUCAAACAGAACGAAUGAUGAUUGCAUUUUCACAAGUACCUACUUUUCAAGUGCAUUUGCCAGCUGGAUUACUUCAUAUGAUGAUUUAUAUUCGUGAUACUCUUGAUUGUGUCGCACAAUUCAAUAUGUCAUCUAUUAGUGUCACAACAGAUUUUGAUACAAUUAAUGAUUUAAUUAAUAAUAUACAAAAUUCAACGACUAAUUCAUUUAUGCGCAUUCUCGCCGGUGGAAAUCAAAAUUUAGUUGGACAAGUGAUUGUUUCCGUAUCACAACAGUUUAAUAAAAUGAAUAAUGAAAGCAUAGACAACGCUGUUUUAAAUGGUAUUCCAGCUACAAGUAUAUCUAUAUCGUCCUUAGAAAGUCAAUAUUCACAAGGGAAUUUUACUUCAUUGAAUGGUUCGGCUUUGAUCGCAUACAAGAAAGAGUUGAAUUCUCUUGCAAAUGUACGCGAUCAACUUAUAAAAUAUAUGGUUGAUCCUCAAGUUUUUGAUGCCAACAGUCUUAAAUUACAAUCAUUAUCCUUAGCGCAAUUUACUGAAUCAACAAAUCAGUUGACACGAACAGUUUUAAUGCUUGUAUCGAAUAAAUGUUAUCAAUUAUCCCUUGCUUUACGUUCGAUGGCAACACAAAUUUCAUAUGAAGAUGUUCAAAUAAUCACAACUCAACUUACUCAAUGCGCUACUAAUAUUCUAAGUGCUGUUAAUGGACCAUUACAAGAACGAAUACUUGUUUUGGAUUUAGAUUCAUCUCGUGCAACAGCAUUUCCGACAGAUUAUGAUACAGAUAUUGAAUCAGAAUGGUCUAAUCCAAAUCUAUUUGCUGAUGGAAAUGAUUUUUCAUGGGAAACAAUUGAAAAAGAUCGAAAUGCUUACUAUCAACAACAACUAGCAAAUACAAUUAGUAAUCAAACGAAUGAAAUUAUAUCCUUAUUGACGUCUACAUUGAAUAUUCAUAUUAAUAUCGGUCAAAAUUUAACAAUAAAUACACCAUCAACAUUUAUGUCGUUAGAAACAAUAUCAAUAGAAACUCUUUCAAACAAACAAAUUCAACAAGUUGGAAAUGCCCAAAUUAAUAUUCCGGAACAUUUUAAUUCGAGUAUAAGUAACAAUUCAACAGUGAUGCUUAGAUCAAGAAUGGAACCACUUGCUGUAUAUGGUAGUUCAAAAUCUCAGCUAGCAAAUACAAAUGUUUCAACAUCAAUAUCACUUUCAGUUGUUGAUCGUAAUGGAAAUGUAGUUACAAUCAAAACAAAUGAAACUCAUCCGAUUGAAAUAAUUAUUCCUCAUGAUCUAAAUCUCAUAAUUCCAUUAAUGAUUAUUCAAAAUGUUACAUCCAUAAAUUCUACAUUUCAUAAUCAAUUAUUUUCUUUUCAUUAUAUUAAUAUUACGAACACACUUCCGAUUUCAGCUCAUAUUGGAAUUCAUCCAUUGGAAACAAAUAUUUCUUAUUUAUUUAUUUAUAAAUUUGAUCAAAUACCUCAAUUAAAUACUUCAAUAAAUCAAAUUGAUGGAUGGACUGUAUUUUGCCCUUUCAAUUUAACAAAUGAAAGUAUGUACACAUAUUUUAUUAAUAAUCAACAAACAUUUGGUCAUCAAUCAAUUAUAUUUGGUUUAAGAGAAUUAAAUUCAACAGAAUUUAGAGAUUUUUGUAUAAAUUCUUCAACUGUAAAUCCUCCAACAACAGAUUUUAAAUUUAAUUUUACAUCAAAUUAUGAACUUCGUAUUUAUACAUCAGGUUGUUAUUAUCUUGAUCAAAAUAAUCAAUGGAAAUCUGAUGGAUUAAUAGUUGGUCCUUUAACAAAUCAUUAUGAAACUCAAUGCUUUUCAACUCAUUUAACAACAUUUGCAAGUGGUUUUCGUGUUUUACCUGAACCAGUGAAUUGGAAUUAUGUUUUUGCUAAUGCUGAUUUUCUUCGAAAUAAAACCAUUUAUUUAACUGUUAUUUGUGUCUCAGUUAUUUAUUUGAUUUUGUUGGUUUAUGCACGUUUGAAAGACAAAAGAGAUCUUGAAAAAUUAGGAGUAACAUCAUUACUCGAUAAUCAUAAAUCAGAUCAAUAUUUUUAUCAAAUUAUUGUUUUUACUAGUCGAAGAAAAGAUGCUGGAACAAAAUCGAAAGUUCAUUUUGUAUUGUCCGGUGAUUCAGAUACAACACAUAUUCGUACAUUUGCUGAUCCACAUCGACAGAUAUUUCAACGUGGUGGAAUUGAUGCAUUUAUUAUGACUGUUCCAAAAUCAUUGGGAUUGUUGAAUUAUAUUCAUAUUUGGCAUGAUAACACAGGAGGAGGUUCAUCAUCAUCAUGGUUUCUCAAAUAUUUAAUAGUUCGUGAUUUACAAACAAUGGAAAAAUAUUAUUUUAUUUGUCAACGAUGGUUAGCAGUAGAAAAAGAUGAUGGAAAAAUUGAACGCCUUUUACCAAUCGCUAAUGAAAUAGAAAAAAAUCAAUUUUCUUAUAUAUUAUCAAAAAAAGCAUAUCACAAUGUAUCAGACAGUCAUCUUUGGUUUUCAAUAUUUUCUCGUCCAUCAUCAAAUAAAUUUACACGUAUUCAACGAUGUACGUGUUGUUUUGUCUUAUUAUUUCUUUCAAUGUUUUUGAAUAUAAUGUAUUAUGAUUUAUCAAAUCAAGCUAAAUCCACAAAUAACACGAAUAGUUUAUCUAUUGGUCCUCUUCAUAUAGCUUCUCAACAGAUUUUAAUUGGUAUGAUCGUUGAAUUGUUAUCAAUAGUUCCGAGCCUUUUACUCGUUCAAUUCUUUCGACGUAUACGAAGUCGUCAACAACAAAUAUCACCAUUACAUCAAACUUUAUAUAAAAUGAAAUCACAUUUGAAAAUGUUUGCGAAAUUUGAAAAUGAAAGAAAAAAGAAAUCAGAAAAACUUACAUUUCCAUGGUGGUGUUUAUUUAUUGCAUAUGGUCUUUGUAUAAUAUUGGUAGGUAUGUCUAUUCUAUUUAUAAUAGCUCGUGGAAUUGAAUUUGGUGAUCUGAAAACAAAGCAAUGGUUAACAUCAGUUUUAAGUGGAUUUUUCUCGUCAAUUUUGCUUACUCAACCAGUUAAAAUUUUAUGUCUGACAAUAUUUUUUGCUUUUUUUUGUCGAAAUACAAAUGAUAACGAAGAAACGAAACAUUAUUUGGAUGGAAAUGAAGUUAAUUUCGAUAAUGAUUUUGAAGAUUAUCCUCAGCAGGUUGAGGUAUGA